CGUGUUUCGCGACUCGCCAUUCUUGCGCCCCUCGCAUUCUUCUACGAGCGGAGGAGCAGGACUCGCGUAAGCUCUCGGCUUUUAUUCCAUUUCUUCGUCCUGGGACUGUCCGGGUGAGCGUAAGAAUCCCGAAAUCUUCGAUCCAGAGCUUUACAAGGGGCGUUUGGUUGUUGGAGCAGGAUCUUUGGGAACCAGCUACUGUUCUUGCUUGGACUUAAUCUCACCUCUCCCUCGUAUGCCGCCGCAGUCCAGCCGGCAAUUCCAGUGUUUACGUUUGUGCUCGCCUUGGCCAACGGUGAAGCCAAUGUCACAGAGUUUUCUCUGCUUUGAGUUCUUCGACAGAGCUCUCUCUGCUUUGAGUUCUUCGACAGGGUUUUCUCUUCCACUCGAAGACAAUCUCUUUGAAACGGAAACUUUGAAUUGGACUGGAUAUGAUACUUUAGCGAAAGUGGGAGGAGUCUUUCUCAGCGUUUGUGGAGCGCUGCUCAUGGCCUUGUACAAAGAGAAUUUCAAGCGCAACCGGUGCCGAGAACUGGCAGCUGGGAAUUCUUUGCCUCCUUGGUAAUUGCUUCC